AUGUCUGAUCCAGUUGUUAUCGUUUCAGCCGUUCGCACUGCGAUUGGCAGUCUGAAUGGAGUACUGUCAACUAUACCAGCUCAUGAUCUGGGCACCAUAGUCAUCAAGGAAGCCCUGCAGAGGUCAAAGGUCAGAAGCAGUGAUGUGUCAGAGGUCAUCAUGGGUCAGGUGUACACAGCAGGUCAAGGUCAGAACCCUGCCAGACAGGCCAGUAUGAAUGCAGGGAUACCAGUCGAGGUACCAGCAUAUAACAUGAACUUGCUGUGUGGUUCCGGCCUGAAGACAAUUAUACUAGGAGCACAGGCGAUCAUGUGUGGGGAAUCUUCCAUUGUGGUUGCAGGGGGUCAGGAAAGCAUGAGCCAGGUGCCCCAUGCAGUCCAUCUUCGUAGUGGUCUAUCCGGCGUCAGUGACAAACCUUUGGUUGAUCUUAUAGUACACGAUGGCCUGAUGGAUGCAUUCAAUAACUACCACAUGGGAAUUACAGCUGAAAACCUGGCCAAGAAAUGGAAAAUCACACGUGAACAGCAGGACCAGUUCGCUCUGGGGUCGCAGCUCAAGGCCGAGAAGGCCCAGAAAGACGGCGUCUUCGCUACAGAGAUUGUCACCGUGCCGACCAAGAGCCGCAAGCGCAAGGCCACGGUAGAGUACGACGUUGAUGAGUACCCAAGGAAGGGGUCAACCAUCGAGGGAAUGGCUAAACUCAGAUCCUGCUUUAUCGAGGAUGCGACAGGAACAGUUACUGCGGGAAAUUCAUGCGGUAUGAAUGACGGAGCAGCAGCAGUGGUUCUCAUGAAGCAGUCCGAGGCUCAGAAAAGGGGCGUGGCACCUCUAGCAAGGAUAGCCUCGUGGGGCCAGGCCGGGGUGGAUCCAGCUAUCAUGGGGUCUGGUCCUAUUCCUGCCAUCAAGAAAGCUCUUGAGAAAGCAGGCUGGAACAUUGGUGAUGUUGAUCUAUUUGAGUUGAAUGAGGUAUUUGCAGCACAGGCUCUCACAGUCACGAAGGAGCUUGGUAUUGACAUGUCAAAGGUCAAUAUCUACGGGGGAGCCAUAGCCCUGGGCCACCCCUUAGCCAUGUCAGGAACUCGCAUCGUGGUCACCCUAAUAAACGCCAUGAAAAGGACCAAUGUCAAGAAGGGCUUGGCUGCUAUCUGCGUAGGGGGAGGGAUGGGCAUUGCCAUUUGUGUGGAAGCAUUAUAGUCAGGCAAAUACAGAGGCGGCGCUCCCGGGGGCCAGGGAGGCACAGUGCCCUCCCACUUUUUCAAGUACCCUAGAAAGCACCCCCUUCACCUCUGAUAAUUGCCCUAUUCAAAUCUAAGAGGUGCCCUUUUUACUUUGACAAGUGCUCCUUUUCCUUUGUAAGAAUUACCCCUUCCCAUUUUAAUAACUACAUCUUUUUAACUCGGAUAAGCGCACCUUAUAUUUUCACAUGUGCCCCAUGUCCCUUCUCAUAAAUGC